CGGAGGGCCGGGGUGGGCCCGGCGUCGCCAUGGGCUCCUGAGGCCCUCAGCGCCUCCGCGCCGGUGCCGGCGCCCGCCCGCCCGCGGGGCAGCGGGGCAGGGCCUGACCCGACCCCACCCGACCCCUCCUCACCCCAACGGGCUGGGCCGACCCGAGCCGAGCUGAGCCGAGCCCCGCCCGCCCGCCCGGAGGUCUUGGCUCACGGGUGGCUCUAGCAAUCGCACCUGGGACCUCACACCAAAAAGCACCAUGAUGGUGAUGACUGAAAUCACUGCGGCCCCCAGAUUGGGGGCAGCUGCCACCACCCCAGCUGUGGCUCUCAACUUCUCCUGGAUGCCGGAGGAUGGCAGCCCCACAGCCAUGGAGCAGCCAAUAUUUCUUAUGACCACCGCUGCUCAGGCCAUCUCAGGUUUCUUUGUGUGGACAGCUUUGCUCAUCACCUGCCAUCAGAUCUACAUGCAUCUCCGCUGCUAUAGCUGCCCAAAUGAACAGCGCUACAUUGUUCGAAUCCUCUUCAUUGUGCCCAUUUACGCCUUUGACUCAUGGCUCAGUCUCCUCUUCUUCACCAACGACCAGUACUAUGUUUACUUUGGCACAGUGCGGGACUGCUAUGAAGCCUUUGUAAUAUACAACUUUCUCAGCCUCUGCUAUGAGUACUUGGGCGGGGAGAGCUCCAUCAUGUCGGAGAUCAGAGGGAAACCAAUUGAGUCCAGCUGUGUAUACGGGACUUGCUGCCUAUGGGGAAAGACCUAUUCGAUUGGAUUCCUGAGGUUCUGCAAACAGGCUACCCUGCAGUUCUGCGUGGUGAAGCCCCUCAUGGCCAUCAGCACAGUCAUCCUUCAGGCCUUCGGCAAGUACCAGGAUGGUGACUUUGAUGUAACCAGUGGCUACCUCUACGUGACGAUCAUCUACAACAUCUCUGUCAGCCUGGCACUGUAUGCCCUCUUCCUUUUCUACUUCGCCACACGUGAGCUGCUCAGUCCCUACAGCCCCGUCCUCAAGUUCUUCAUGGUGAAGUCUGUCAUCUUCCUGUCCUUCUGGCAAGGGAUGCUGUUGGCCAUCUUGGAAAAGUGUGGUGCCAUCCCCAAAAUCCACUCUGCCAACGUGUCUGUGGGUGAAGGCACCGUAGCUGCUGGGUAUCAGGACUUCAUCAUUUGCGUGGAGAUGUUCUUUGCAGCCGUGGCCCUGCGCCAUGCCUUCACAUACAAGGUGUAUGUGGACAAGAGACUUGAUGCCCAAGGUCGCUGUGCCCCCAUGAAGAGCAUCUCCAGCAGCCUCAAGGAGACCAUGAACCCCCAUGACAUUGUCCAAGAUGCGAUCCACAACUUCUCCCCAGCCUACCAGCAGUACACGCAGCAGUCCACGCUGGAGCACGGCCCGCCCUGGCGCAACGGCAGCCACGUUAUCUCGCGCUCCCACAGCUGCUCGGGUGCCCGUGACAACGAGAAGACCCUCUUGCUGAGCUCUGAUGAUGAAUUCUAGGAGGGGAAACUGCCAGCACAGGCUGUCAUUUUCCUCCUUUUAUUGUUUUUUGGGGGUUUUUUAAUUGUUUUUUUUUUAAUUUAUUGAAGCAAAACCACACAAGUCAUAUCACUUCCUAGAGAGUGCAGAUUGCAGAAGUGGGCACUUGCCGUUACCUUUUGUGGAUACGGACAUGAUGAGCAGUGUGGAUGGAGGUGGGGGAAUGGCCAGGACUCCAUUCUCGAGCCCAUUCCUUACAGCAGCAAUUGACUGGAAUUAACUGAAGUGAAGCUCUAGGGUUUGGGGCUAUGGCCUCCUAUACCUGCCCAACUUGGUGUGGAGUGUGACUGGCCAGAGCCUGGAAUUGUGUCCAAAAAUAUUGUGGGGUUUUUUUUCCAGCUGAACAGCCUGGCUGAUUUGUAUUCCUCUUCCUGAGUUGUUAACAUAGGCACAGGUUUCUCUCUCAGCUCCCUGGUACUAACUUCCCUCUGAUCCUUGGUAAAUGGGGAUAGGAUGAGCAUUCCUGAGGACCAGACCAGAGCUUGGGCUCUCCAGAGCCAUUGCCUUGAGUGCUUAGUAAGGAACGUCUGCCCCCACUCUCUGAAGCAACUGCUUGUGCAGUCCUGUGCUUGAGUGAGCGAAGGAGAAAAGGACAGGACUUUCUGUUCCUCUGCUCCCUGCAGGUCCCCAGCUCGCCAUCAAAGGUGAUACCUGUUGAAGCUCAGCAGGGAGGGAAUUGCCGUCUCACAAUAGUGGGGCGUCCCCUCUCUCCUGCAUUCCUGUGGCAAGAAGCCUCCCUGCUAACAAGACGGAGGCCUGGGCAUGAUAGGUGCUGGAAGUUUGUAGAGCUCCAGCCUUUUCAUCCCCCUUUGGGAAAGGAAGAUAUGUAAACACUAAAACUUUUUUUCCCUUCUUGUUUCCUAUCCCCCACUGACAUAGUUGCCCCUGUUAAAGGUGUGGAUAGCAGCAGGUAGCUGCCAGAGCAGGGUCUAGUCACCUGCAGGCAGCUUUCCCUGUACUGGUCAUGACUUCCCCUGUGUGUGGCACAAGUUUUGCCCUUAGGUUGGAGUAUUCAGGAGGAGAUGUUGCACAUUUCUCCUUUGCUUUUUAUCUCCAUAGCUGUUCUGGGCCAAACUUGACACCUGACAUGACCUGGCUGUUUAAAAUUGUCCCUCUUAGUUUCCCAAGCCACCUCACAGGCUCUGCAGCAACUGCAGUGCUAUUGGUGAUGGAGACAGCAUCUACAGGAACGGGCAAAGAAGCUUCCUCUUUUUUUUGUUUGGUUUCGUAUUGGCCCCUAAGGAUUUAGUGGAGCCAACAAAAAAUGACCCUUCUGUAGAUCUAUCCAGGGACCAGGAAAUGCCUCUUGGUUAAAAUUGUCACAGAUCAGAUGCCCCUGUCCCCAAGCAGGAAGCAAAAUGAGAGAGUCUGGAGCAAGCUGCUGUGUUCUUCUGGGCUUGUAAUUUCUCCAUUCCUUUCCCCCGUGAUGCCUACCCUGCCGUGGGCAGACCUGUGUGUUUCCAGGUUGGCCCCCCGUUGCUCUGCCAGGAACACUGGAGUCUGGCUUAUUGCCUGGAGUUUCCCUUUCGUCUUGUAUCCUAAGCUAUGUACUUGCUCACUCACUCACUCUCUGAGAAGCAACUGUGAGCAAAGAGCACCCCUGCCAGAAGCGUGUGGUCAGGAGCGGGGCAAAAAGGACUUGAAGAGAGGCAGUUUCCCUCCCUGCUCUGGAGAUAAGAUGAGGGGGGAAAGGCCUAAGGACAGUGUGUUUUUUCUGUACUUUUGCAUUUAGGGGAUGGUGAAGCAGGUGGGAGCAACAGUGCCAACUCCUGGAGGAGCUAGAGGCAGGGUCAGUGGGUCCAGCAGCUUCUCUGCUGCUGGGUUUCCCUUCCCAUUUGCACACAGGCUGCAAGGCCUUGCAGUUACUGCUUUUCCUACAUCUGUCGCUGCUGCAAUGGCCGUGUGAGCGCUGUCUGCCAGGGGUUGUGUGGGCUUGGUGUAAAACUCCUUUCCUCAUGCCACAAGCUGUCUCAAAACCAGGGCUGAAGAGGGAAAAGGCUUUCCUUCCGUCUUCAUAGAAUCGUAGAAAGGUUUGGGUUGGAAGGGCUCCUAAAGAUCAUCCAAUCCCAGCCCCGCUGCCAUGGGCAGGGACACCUUCCUCCAGACCCGGGUGCUCAAAGCCUCAUCCAACCUUGAACACUUCCAGGGCUUUGAUUAAUAGUCCUUUAGUGUGAGAUGUUUAUGUUAAACUUCCCCUCUCUCUUAGGAAAGCAGGGCACGGACACGAUCCCUUCUUCCCCUUUCCUUGCAUUUGCAAGCCUGGAUGCUGUUUCAGUGUCACUUAACUGGUGACUGUCCCCAGUCUCGGGUGGCUGAGCUCUGAGAUCUCUGAGAUCGCCCUCCCCGGACUCAAAGGUGACCCAGGCCUGGAGAAGCGUUCUGGUUUUUGAACUCUUCUGAAAUGUACGCUGCACACGUGCUGUGCAGAGGAUCUGGGUAUCCUCAAAGCUUCCUCUAUGUAGUGGUUUCAAGUAAUAACCCUUUUGCACUAUCUGCCUUCAGAGGAGCCUGGUGAAGAACUAGCACCCGAACAACAGCCAUGCAUUAGAAUUUUAUAGACAUAGCUAUUUCGUAACACCACGCAAAAUCAUCGCUGAGCUUCCUGCUCAGGCAAGUGCCGGAGCGAGAACCACCUCUGAAGCUGCUUUGGCUUGGAGGCACAAAUAUCUUAAGACCCAGAGCUUGAGGCAGAGGAGACCAAGGCACCUGUGGGCUUGUGGUAGCCCAGGGCCCCAACGAACUCCAGGAGUAGGCCCUUGGAGCUGCUCUCCCUCACCUGCUUUCCCCCUCCCUCCUUCCUUCCUUCCUUGUUUACCAUGUAACAUACCCAUGGGAUUUGUUUAUUAUUUUUCCAUAUAGAGUAGUUCUUUGUAUAUAAAUGACUGCAAAAAAAAAGGAAAAAAAAAGUAUGAUAAAUAAGACAGAGUCACCUAGUUUUGUACCUAUUGUGUUUAACUGACGUGAGCUCAGCGACAAGCCGCUCUCUCUAUUUUGGUCUUUGUGACGUUAUACUCUGCAGAAAGGAGCAAAUAUGAUGACAAAUAAUAAAAAAAAUAUAGAGAUAAUAUAGAUUGUA